AUGCAUUGGGAUAGUGCACCUUCUAUUGAUUUAUGUGAAAUGGAUGAUGAAUUAUUAGCAGAUAUGGCUUAUAUGGUUGACUGUGAUCAGCGCGUUUUAAAUAUCAAUUUGGCAGAUAUGGACGACAUAAAAACAUCAUCAUGUCCGAAUUGCUUAAGUGAUUAUGACCAUAUGGACGUAAAUUUUUCGAGUCUUUUUGACGAGCACUUUUUGGCUUUGUACCAGGACCAGUCUGUUAUGUUAUCGGGUAUACCCGAUAUACUUGGACAUAUAUGUCCAAUAUGUUCGAAAUUAUGA